UCGAUGCUAGACGAUCUUUAUAUUUUAGCGGCACCACAGACUAGGAAACAGCGGCGGGGAAAGUUUUCCGCCGUCUUUGUUGUCACUGUGUCACCUUCGUUACUGUACCUACCUGGCUAUUUUCAUAAACCACCAUGAGGCGUACAAGAAGUUCGAGAAAUAAAAGUCAGAGUGCACAAGAAAAUGAAGAAGUACAGUCAAAAACAGUGUGGCAGUGGAAAGGAGAUGAUGGACAGUGGGAACCAUACUCGCCUUCAGCCUGCGCCUUGUUGGACUCCGCCGUCUCUUCAGGAAAAACCUCUGUCACUCUGACUCUGGGCUCUGGGACGGCCUACGAAGUCGACCUGAAGAAGAUGGUCCAGAUUAAUCCUGUCACCAAGUACAAGAGGAAGAUUCGCUCUCAGACAGUAAAACCAGAAAGUUUGAAUGAAGCUGGUGACGUGACUGCUCAUAAUGGGAGGCCAGUUCAAGUUAAAGAGGAAGAGGAGGAGCAACCUGCAGCUAAGAGGAGAAGAGGGCAAAGCAAAAAGGAGAGUCAGACAAAAGCUGAAGAAAUGCCCAAAGAAGAAAUAAAAAGUGAAGAGGUUGUGAGGACGGUGGUCAUGAAAGGAAAAGCUCCAGUGGACCCUGAAUGUAAAGCCAAACUCGGAAAGGCUCAUGUUUACAGUGAAGGAAAUGAUGUUUACGACGUGAUGCUAAAUCAGACAAAUCUUCAGUUUAACAACAACAAAUACUACCUGAUCCAGCUGCUGGAGGACGACAGCUCCAAGGCUUACAGUGUGUGGUUUAGAUGGGGCAGAGUGGGAAAAGUGGGUCAAAACAGUCUGACAGCCUGUGGUGGAGACCUGCUGAAAGCCAAAGAUUUCUUCAAGAAAAAGUUCUUUGACAAGACCAAGAAUGAGUGGGAACACCGAGCGAGUUUUGAGAAAGUAGCUGGAAAAUACGACAUGGUGUUCAUGGACUACAGCACGAAUGAAAAGGAGGAGAACCAGACCACAGUGGAUGUUGCACUCAAAAAGAGGACCUCCAAGCUGGAUGUGAAGAUCCAGUCGCUCCUGGAGCUAAUCUGUGACCUCAAAGCCAUGGAGGAGUGUGUGCUGGAGAUGAAGUUUGACACCCGGAAAGCUCCUCUCGGCAAGCUGACCUCAGAGCAGAUCCGUGCAGGCUACACGGCACUGAAGAAAAUUGAGACGUGUAUGAAGAAGAAGGGCAGCAGUCGUGAGCUGCUGGAAGCAUGCAACCAGUUCUACACCCGCAUCCCUCAUGACUUUGGGUUGAAAACUCCUCCAAUCAUUCGUACAGAAGAUGAGCUGAAGGAAAAAAUUGCACUGUUGGAGGCUCUGAGUGACAUUCAGAUAGCAGUGAAAAUGGUUCAGUCCAGUGAAGACAGUGAUGAACAUCCUCUGGACAGACAGUACAGCUCCCUCCAGUGCCAACUGCAGCCUCUGGACUCAAGCUGCCAUGAGUACAAGGUGAUAGAAAAGUAUCUACAGUCCACUCACGCCCCCACCCAUUGUGACUACACCAUGACUGUGCUUGACAUCUUCUCAGUGGACAGAGAGGGGGAGAGUAACAACUUCCUCUCACAGUUACACAACAGGACUCUGUUGUGGCAUGGUUCCCGUCUGUCUAACUGGGUCGGCAUCCUCAGUCAGGGGCUCCGAGUGGCCCCACCUGAAGCUCCUGUCACUGGUUACAUGUUUGGAAAAGGCGUCUACUUUGCUGACAUGUCGUCAAAGAGUGCCAACUACUGCUUUGCCAAUCAGCACAACCACGUUGGACUGCUGCUUCUGUGUGAGGUCGCUCUGGGAGACUGUAACGAGCUGCUGGAUGCCGACUUCGAGGCCAGCAGUCUGCCUGCUGGAAAACACAGCACCAAGGGCCUGGGACAGACUGCACCUGACCCCAAAAACUCCAUCACUCUGGAUGGUGUGACUGUGCCAAUGGGGCCGGGGGUGAAGACGGGGGUGGGCAAAUACAACGCUUACUCCCUCCUGUACAAUGAGUUCAUCGUUUAUAACCCUGCCCAGACUCGCAUGAGGUACCUGCUGCGGAUCAAGUUCAACUACUCUUCACUGUGGUGAGGCUGCUAAAAACAGUAUGGCUGUGUGAGUCUUUGGGGGAUUUACUGUCCACAAAGCAGGGAUGAUACAUCAGUCAGUCAUUCUUCCUGUACAGUUAGAUACUGUUCAGCUCUUGGUUUUAGGGAAAGGUUGUUAAACCUGAACACACUGCUGUGAGUGGAUAACAGAAAUGUUUACUUUCUCGGUGAUGUAUUGGUUGAUUAUCAAUUAGUCAUUUGACAGAAAAUGAAUUGGCAACUGUUUUGAUAAUCAGUUCAUUGUUUUAGUCAUUUUCGAAGCAAAAGUGCCAAAUAUUAUGUGGUUGCAGGUGACUCACUGCUUUUCUUCGUCAUAUCUAAAAUCUUUGGGUUUUUAACUGUUGGUCAAAUAAAACAAGCAAUUUGUUGGCUGUGGAAAAUUAAAAUAGGCAUUUUUCACUAUUACAUUUUAUAGACAAAGCGAUUAAUGGAUUGAUCAGGAAAAUAAUUGGCAGAUUAAUUGAUAAUGAAAAUGAACGUUAGUUGCAGCCCUACAGUGAUGUCAACAAUGGGUCCAAAGUUUAUACAAAUCACUUGAUAUGUAAAUGUGAAGAAAAACACCAACAAAACUGCUUCUACUUUUUCCUACAGUGGGUUUUCUCUACUAAUACGACAUUUCAUCUUCGUUCUUUUUGAGUCAGAAAAUGAUGAUGGACCCUCUCAAAGAAUGUCUGAAUAUUGCUUUGUCAGUAGAGUGAGACUGUAGGUUAACUAUAUCGCUGCCGAAGCUUUGGUAAGGGUAAAAGAUGAGAAGGAAUACAUGCGAUACGGUAUAAAAUAUGCUAAACAUUUUGCACUACUUUUUGUCCUCAUAUCAAUGUAAGAUGUAUUGUAUUACAUGUUACGUAUGGCAAUAUUCAUUGCAUUUUGGUUUCUGCUUUGGUGCUGUAUGAAACACAAAUGGUCUUAUGGAUCUAUUGGAUUAUCAGUGUGUGUAAUAACAUAACAUAAUGAUUUGGAAGUUCUUUAAGCAUGUUUGACAUAAGCAUUUGUAUUGAAUAAUUCCCUAAAUGUUAUUGAAUGUAUCUUAUUAAUGUUGAAAAACUAGAAAUGGAUUGCUUUCAUUUGUUUCUAUAAUUGUCGGGUCAAAUUUUUGUAUGGGUUAACGUGCAAUGCAAAACAACAAAUACAGUACAACAUUGUUUUUAUAUCAAUUUUUAUUUAUGUAAAACUGAGACAAAGACAAGAUUCUGUAAAAACACUGAAAAUCAUUCAUUCAGUGUCACUAAAAACAGGAUGCAGUUACAAUAUAUACAUUAAAAUAAUAAUAAUAAAGGACAUUUUCAUUGUGGUUACAGUU